AUGAGUAUGCAGCAAAACUUGGAUCUGUUGAUCCAGAAAACCGCAUGUCCUGAAAAAGUCAAGGCGGAGGUAAAACUUCUAUCUGCGACUUACGCUCAAAGGAUAAACAUAAACCCUCAGCGUGACUAUACCUCCGGGGAAUUCACGGCCCUGCCAUACCGUACUAAGGGUGUUAACGUCGUUGGAACUGGACUUCACCGCGAAUUACAGUAUCCGGAAAUAUGUAUUUCUCAUGGUGCCAACGGUCGCUUCACCUACCGCCUAAACAGAUUACCUCCGAUCUAUUUUCGCUUCUUUCUCGGAGGAUCCUACCCUGCAGAUCCAAAUUUUAGUUUCACACUGGAGUCUGUUUGGUUAUCCUCGAUAUCUAUUGACUUACUCUCUUGUCGACUAACAGAAGAGAUACGCACAUUUAGUGGAGAUUUCGCUUUGAAGCACUGCUGCAAAUUUAUCGAAAAUCAAGUGAUUGACUAUCUGUUUGGUACCUCUGCAGACUCACCUAUUAACAUCGACUUAUUCGAAUAUGCGCAACUUGACGAGAUUAGCGAUGAUGCUGAAGGUGGAGACAGGAUCUAUCGACUAACGGACUUGAUAGUUGGUCACGAAGAACAGCUCAGGAAUCAGGAGUUUGCCAAUGCUUCUCACCAAUGUCCUAUCUGCUUCGAUGAGCCACCUGGCCCUCAGUGUAUUCGUUUCCGGAAGUGUGGUCAUGUCGUCUGUCGUAAUUGCGCAGCUGACCACUUUGCCACACAGAUUGAUCAGGGUGCAAAUGCCUGUCAGCCGACGUGUGUCUCGUGUGCGGAGACUGUUCGCCAACAGGAGGUAAGGAUUUGCCUAUAA